AUGAAAUCCUCUUCUGCAGAUUUUUAUCCUUUGAAAGAGAUGGCAACAAGUAGGAUGAAGCCCGAGAUGGGGCGACAGGAAACUGCACCGCAUUUAAGUAUCCGUCAAGACGAUAGAGCUCUCCAGCACUGCCAUAGCCUCACCUCCAAACCUCAACGCCACCUACCAUGCAACCACCCAAGACAUCAGAAAUCGUACGGCUUCGGAGAACAAGAAUUAAAGUUCAUUGGUCAAGCAAGUCAAGUCAGCCCACUUGAAAUGUGCCUGGCAGGGCGGAUUUUCGUAUCUCGCUUUCUGGGUUUCUACGCACCGCCACGAUUCCGGUGUCAGCGGGGGUGGAGUGGAGUGAAUGGGAGUGAAGUGGAGGCUUGGAAUAGGGAUGUCUCGUCAUUCACGGAGAUGCUAAGCUUCGCGCCUCUGCGUUUGAGAUUCGCGAUCAAAGGUGGCGCUUUUGUGGCUGUGCGGCUUGAUAUGGUGACAGAAUUUGUGAUUUUCAAGAUCGCGGAAGUCUGCCGCCAUACGUCCAACAUAAGAGAGAAUUAUCCACGGCAGCAUGCUGAGGCGUCUGUUACCUCAGCUUUAACUGGCUUGAGGUUCCCGAUCCACUCGAUACUCUCUAUGAGCGAAGGGAGCUUGGCAUCCUUUAUCUCUGAUCUCUGCUCGUUGGUUUCUCUAUUCCUCAGGACCACUAUGGGGUUCACCUUGGAGGCUGCCACAUUGGAAAUAGGUGCCGACUGCGGCAAUUCUAAGGUUGCUUGCGUUCUUGGAAAUGACCCGCAGCCUUGGGAUGCACUCCUUCAUCAGCACACCUGCAUUCGGCUUUUAAGAUCUCAGAUUGGGCUGCGAAAAAGAGAAAAGACUCCUUACGCCUCACGCAAACGGGCUCCAGUUUUAGCCCAGGCGCGCAGCAAACGCCAAUGCAAGGAGAAGUCACCAGGGAGGGCUAGGGAUGCGCUCCGAAGUGUCGGGCUGGAUCGGCCGUUAGUGCAUGACGCAAAUGGCGCUCUUCUAGCUCUUGGCAACGCCAGCACGCGCUCUCCACACAAUACCUUGGAAGACCUGAAACACUUCACCUUCAGUCCUCAACUCCCUCAAACGCUCCCUGUGCUCGCAGGGCAGUCUCCUCACGCUCUCCAAUCUCCCUGCAAUACUUCUUCGGCCUCAACUCUCUUUUCUACCAGCCGUGGUCCCUUGAAACCGAUCCCAACAGCGGCUGCGAUCCACAUCCACCUCCUCGGAGCAUGGCCACUGUAUCCUAACGACCCGCCAAUGGCUGCUACGAGCACUUUUACAACUGACGAACUCACGACUUAG